ACCAGCAUGGGAGAGUUGAGCAUAGUUCAGUGUGUUUGUGUUGCACUCUUUCACCGAGUUGGAAAAGGAAACAGAACAAAAACUGGCUACUCUUUAGUUGACUGAUGUAGCUGGCAAGGUGAGCAGGGUAACCGGGGUCUCAGCAGAGUCAGGCAGCCAGGGAAGACCAGUCCGUGACAGAGACAUUUGCCUGAAGAUGACAGACCGCUACAACAUUCACAGCCAGUUGGAGCAUCUUCAAUCUAAAUACAUUGGAACAGGCCAUGCGGACACCAGCAAGUGGGAAUGGUUGGUGAACCAACAUCGGGACUCAUACUGUUCAUAUAUGGGUCACUUUGACCUGCUGAAUUACUUCUCUGUUGCUGAGAAUGAGAGCAAAGCCCGUGUGCGCUUCAAUCUCAUGGAGAAGAUGCUGCAGCCCUGUGGCCCACCUUCGGACAAACCUGACGAUGCUUAGUCUAAGGAGUUCAACUGGCAGGAAUUAGAAAAUGUAGUUUUACUGUUUGGCUAUCCAUCAUGUUGAUUAGAAGUCAUGUUUGAGAUGCAUGAAAUGGAAACAAUGUUGAUAAAACAAUGCAUCAGUUUUCCUUUUUCCCCCACCCAUUUUAUAUUUGCCUUAAGAAUUUGCAUUGAAAAUAAACAUUGAAAAGAA